AUGGCAAACUUGGUUAUCUACCUUAUCUAUAGCUUAGAAAAGCUAUCUGUGAAUCGCUGGUACAGACCACAGGGAUUUGGGACCGUCAGAAAUACCCAGUUACAUAUAUUCAGUGAUGGCUCGGAACGAGGCUAUGGUGCAUGCGCUUACUUGCGUUUUGUUGAUGUACAUGACAACGUACAUUGUUCCCUGGCGAUAGGAAAAUCUCAUCUAGCACCAAUAAAGCAGAUGUCUAUUCCACGACUUGAGUUAUCUGGCGCUGUAGUAGGGUGUAGAUUAUUUGCAAUGUUAUCUGAAGAAUUAGAUAUGAACUUUGACCAUUUUACUUUUUGGACAGACUCCAUGAUUGUUCUUGGAUAUAUAAAUAACGUGUCCAAGCGGUUCAAGACGUUUGUUGGGAAUAGACUCAGCAUAAUUCAUGAAACAACUUACCCAGACCAGUGGCGCCAUGUACACACAAGUUCGAAUCCCGCAGACAUAGCUUCCAGAGGAAUAAGUGCAUACGAUAGUGAAAAACUUAUUUAUUAA